AUGACGUUUACUCCCGAGGUGACAUAUCGAUAACAAAUGGAAGUUUAAUGUGAUAUUAUGUUGUUCUGACUUAAAUAUCCUCGACCACAAUGGAGAUGAAUAUAGAGAGGCGGCCCCUGACCCGCUCCCCAACCAGCGUCAGUGACUACAGUAGUGUUAGCAACACCGCCUUCAGCGACAACAUCUCACGGGAAGAUGACCCCCGGGUCAGCUACCAGCCCUCCCCUGAGCCCCGGCGACAGGAAAGCAAGACCUUGGAUGAGGUCAUAUACCGCAUUCGCUAUUCCCACGAGAAACAAAGCUUCGACUGGUCGAACGACAUCGAGGCGGUGAAUUCAGGGGAGAUGGAUGCAAGGAGAUCGGUGCAUCAGGACUUCCUCAACAAAUUACGUGAACAGCCUCUCCAUAUUCAGCAAAAGAUCAGACUAUCCAGAUAUCUCAGAGAGAAUCUUGAUGCAGAUUCCAUGUACACAAACUUUAAAAACCGAUCAAAGAAAUCACAGGCUGCAAGGAUCUACGGGGAUUUUGGAAUCGGAUUUUGGAGGAAGAACAUAACUAAGAUUUCUGCCUACCACGGCAGCAACGUCGCCUCCUACUUCCUCUUCCUGAGGUUCCUCACCUACCUCAACAUAUUCAUUGCCCUGCUCCUCCUCGCCUUCAUCAGUUUGCCACAGAUUCUCUCAGGGGAUGCAACCAUUCCAGGCGACGUUGUCGGAUAUUUUGGUGAGCUUUCCACAAGCGUGAUGUUCUACGGGGCUUACAGCAACACACCAUGGGGGUACUACGAACGACCAAUGGCGUACUUCCUCACCUGGGCUUCGGUCAACCUACUGUCUUUUAUUGUCAUAAUUCUUAGCAUGCUGUUUCGGUUCCGGAAGACCAAACACAGCAGCUCUGACGAGGAGAUGACGUACACAUGGCGCCUCUUUACGUCCUGGGACUACUCUGUGUAUGAGAAGCAGGGAGCCAGUGACCGGAAGGAAGCCAUUAAAACGGAAAUGCUGGAACUUGUGCGGGAAGACCGAGGAAGGAAAAAAAGAAAACAGCGUGGGCUAUGCUCAAGGUGCAUGCUGCUGAUACUGAGGGUGCUGGUGAACCUGUUAGUGUUGGCGGUGUUGGGAGGCAGUGGCUACCUCAUCUUCCUUGUGGCCAACAUCAAAGGGACGCCGGUACCGUUACCAGAUUUCUUCAGCGAUUUCCUGGAUAGAUACGAGCUCCCCCUGGUGGUGACAGGUCUGAAGUUGAUUGUUCCCUUUGUAUUCAGCCAGUUGAUCAGGUUGGAACAGUGGCACCCGAGGACAGAGUUGAAACUGACACUUGGCAGGACGACGUUGUUCUACAUCGCUAGCCUCAUCGUCUUUGUCGUCUCAUUGUAUGACGUCACAACCGAAUGUAUUGUCAGCACUGCAAACUCGACCAAAGAGCAGAGAAACGCCUCGGAGUUCUGUUGCUGGGAAAACGAGGUUGGCGAGCAAGUGUUUAAAGUGCUUAUCCUCGAUCUGGGCAUCGUCCUCGUUGUGGGACUCAUAUUUGACGUUCUUCGAGCUGUUAUUGUCAAGUCUGGUGGCCGCUUGAAGUAUCGCGAGAUGGACGUAGCUUCUGGUGUGUUGGAUCUGACCUAUGGUCAAGCUCUGGUCUGGCUGGGUCUCUACUUCAGUCCAUUCCUGGCACUGGCGGGCGUGGUCAAACUUGUUAUCCUCUUCUACUUCCAAUAUGUCAUUGCCCGCACGUGCUACGUGGCGCCAAGAAAGGUGUUCCGAGCCUCGAGAUCCGGGAACUUCUACAUGUUUAUUCUACUUCUCAACCUCUUUUUCGCUCUCUUCCCCCUGGGAUACGCCGUCAUUGAACUUCAGCCAUCCGAUGACUGUGGUCCGUUUCAGCUGGAGCGACAUGUUUAUGACGUCAUCGCCUCACGUGUGGGAAACCUCCCUGAUUGGCUACAAGACGCUCUGGAUUACAUUGCAACACCCUCUGUCAUUAUCGCCGUCAUUAUACUCCUGCUACUCAUUCUCUUCUACUACAUGGCGCGGUCAUCGUCUUAUAAAGAGGUUGGCAAGCAGAUCAGGAAGCAGCUAACUCUGGAACGGACGGUGGAGAAAAAGAGGAUCUUUUUAAAGGCAAGGGCACUUCAAGGCCGUUCCUUGUCAAGAAAGUCAGAUGCUGCAAGUGUUUCGAGCGUGAUCACUGUCACAACCCCAUAGCUACAUAUAUCAAUUGUAGGUGAACAUAGAUUAAUGUCAAGUAGGCGUGUCUGCAUCCUCUGGUCGGAAAGCGAGGUGAUGCGGGUUGAUACUGAAAUCAUGGCGAAUCGGAGAUCACAGGAUUCUUGCACGACUAAGGGAGGUAACUCUCCUGGGCGAAAUGCAAUAUGUAUGGAACCGUGGACGGGCAGUUUUAGAUUUCUCGGCAUCUGGAAGAUAUGAUGUCAUCUAAACAGGCUCUUAAAUGGCUUCGACAGAUUUAGUUCUGUGAUUUUAAAUCUUUUUAACGCUCUGUCAUCUUACUGUUUUUUUAAUGAAUGAAUAUUUCAUGUUUCAAAAAUGGAAUUGAUUACUCAAGGUUUUUAAUCCGUAACACGAAGCAGAGCUUAAUCGAUAUAUGUAUACGUCUAACCAAAUGAAUAUAAAUAGUGCUGUCUUUU